UGACUAUAUAUACACUAUAUAUACACAUUAUUAGAAUAAAGUCUAGCUUUAAAGAAUAUAUAUUUUAUGUAUAGAUGUUUAAUAAUUAGGAACUAGACAUUUUCUAAAUUUUAAACAAAUCCAUUAACCUUCAAAGACUAUUAUCAUAUUGAAGAAUGUAUCAUAGUAUUUAUUUAAUACUAAUUAUUCAUUUAAUGAUAUUUAUGUUAUGUGAAGGAAUAAUUCUUACAGAGAAUAAUCGUGAACAUUUAAUAGAUUGUUUACAAUUAUGUCAAUAUGCAUUUAUGACAUGUGAAUAUAAAUGUUUUAAAAUGAAUUUUUGUAAAACUAUUUGUGAUAAAACGUAUUAUGAAUGUGAAAAAUCAUGUUACAUUGAAGUAUUUAAUACUACUGAAACAUUUUGAUUUUUGAUUCUUGAUUUUUGAUAUAAACUUUAAAUGUGAUUUUGUUAUUCAUUUGAGAGAUAAAGAAUGGGGGGGGGAAUAAAUUGUUAUUAGAUAGAACAUAUUAUAUAAUGAUCGACUCUUUUAGUUGUUUGUUAGAAAGACGGGGUGGUGGGAGUGAUGGUAGCUGUGUUAGUAAGUAUAUUUCAUUUGGUUUACUAGUAACAGAAUUUAUAAGUUAAAAGGACGAGACUCUUAUUUAAGGACGAGCCAGUCAGAAGCGUUUGAGCAAUUUCAA